UUGACUCGCGUGCGCCCGGUUCCUUCGCGGCCUCGCGCGCCUGUUCCCGGGCCUCAUGGCAGGGCUGACGCUGUUUGUGGGCCGCCUCCCGCCCUCGGCCCGCAGUGAGCAGCUGGAGGAGCUGUUCAGUCAGGUGGGGCCGGUGAAGCAGUGCUUCGUGGUGACGGAGAAAGGGAGUAAGGCAUGUCGAGGCUUUGGCUAUGUCACUUUUUCUAUGCGGGAAGAUGUUCAGAGGGCCCUCAAGGAGAUUACCACUUUUGAAGGCUGCAAGAUCAAUGUGAGCGUUGCCAAGAAGAAACUGAGGAACAAGUCCAAGGAAAAGGGGGGAAAUGAAAAUUCAGAGUCCCCAAAGAAGGAGCGGAAGCCUAAAAAGGCCAAAGUGGCAGAUAAGAAAGCCAGAUUAAUUAUCCGGAAUCUGAGCUUUAAGUGUUCAGAAGAUGACUUGAAGACCAUAUUUGCUCAAUAUGGAGCCGUCCUAGAAGUUAACAUCCCUAGGAAGCCAGAUGGAAAGAUGCGUGGUUUUGCUUUUGUUCAGUUCAAAAACCUGCUGGAAGCAGGAAAAGCUCUUAAAAGCAUGAACAUGAAAGAGAUAAAGGGUCGGACAGUAGCUGUGGAUUGGGCUGUGGCAAAGGAUAAAUAUAAAAAUACACAGUCUGCCUCGGCCCCAGGUGAGGAGAAGCAACCUGAACCUAAACUUCAGAAAUUAGGUAAAGUGAAUGGCAGGAAAGAAGAGGUUAUGAGAGAGGAAGAGGAUGAUGAUGAUGAUGAUGAUGGUGAUAUGGAAGAAGAUGAUGAUGAAGAUGGUGAUGAUGGUGAUGAUGAAGAGGAGGAGAAGAAUAAAGAAUCGAAAGUGACCAAGUGUGUGCAAGUUCACAAGGGAGCAGUCAAGAGACCAGUGCCCUCAGAAAGCAGUGACGAGGAUCAUUCUGAUGAGGACAGCGGCCUGGAGGAAGGUGAUAGUGUUGAUAGUGGAGAGGACCUGGCUCAGAGUGACACCCACACUGAAGAGCAGGAGGAUGAAGAUGUACAAGUCUCAAAGAAAAAGAAGAGGAAAUUACCCUCUGAUGUGAAUGAAGGGAAAACUGUUUUUAUAAGAAACCUGUCCUUUGACUCAGAGGAAGAAGAUCUUGGGGAGCUCCUCCAGCAAUUUGGAGAUCUUAAAUAUGUCCGCAUUGUCUUACAUCCAGACACAGAGCAUUCUAAAGGUUGUGCAUUUGCUCAGUUCAUGACUCAAGAAGCAGCUCAGAAAUGCCUUGCAGCUGCUUCUGCAGAGACCGAGGGUGGCGGGCUGAAAUUGGAUGGCCGGCAACUCAAGGUUGACUUGGCAGUGACCCGUGAUGAGGCUGCAAAGCUCCGGACAAAGAAGGUGAAGAAGCCGACCGGAACCCGGAACCUCUACCUGGCCCGAGAAGGCUUGAUUCGUGCUGGGACGAAGGCUGCAGAGGGUGUGAGCGCUGCAGAUAUGGCCAAAAGAGAACGGUUUGAGCUGCUGAAGCAUCAGAAACUGAAGGACCAGAAUAUCUUUGUCUCCCGCACCAGGCUCUGCCUGCACAAUCUCCCCAAGGCCGUGGAUGACAAACAGCUCAGAAAGCUGCUGCUGAAUGCCACUAGAGGGGAGAAGGGAGUGCGCAUCAAGGAGUGUAAGGUGAUGCGAGACCUUAAAGGAGUUUAUGGGAAAAUUAAGGGUCAGUCCCUGGGCUACGCCUUUGCAGAGUUCCAGGAGCACGAGCAUGCCCUGACUGCCCUACGCCACAUCAACAACAACCCAGAAAUCUAUGGGCCUCAGAAGAGACCAAUAGUGGAGUUCUCUUUGGAAGAUCGAAGGAAGCUUAAAAUAAAGGAACUGAGGAUCCAGCGCAGCCAGCAAAAAAUGAAGUCCAAGUCUACAACUGGUGGGCCCCAACAGGAGCCACCGGAGCUUAGAGAAGACCAGCAACAGAAAGCAGCUCAAAACCACACAGAGGAGCAAAGCAAGGCCCCUCCAGAGCAGAAGGGGAAGGCGGGCUCUAGCUCAUGGGCAGGAUUCCAGACCAAGGCCGAAGUGGAGCAGGUGGAGUUACCUGAUGGGAAGAAGAGAAGAAAGGUCCUGGCGUUACCCUCACACCGAGGACCCAAAAUCAGGUUGCGGGACAAAGGCAAAGUGAAGUCUCUCCCUCCCAAAAAGCCAAAGCCCCAGAUAAACCAGAGGAAGCAAGAGAAGCAGAAAUUACCUCCCAAGCAGGUGCCUAAGAAAAAAGCUAAGGGAAAUAAGACAGAAAUUCGCUUCAACCAGCUGGUUGAACAAUAUAAGCAGAAACUAUUGGGAUCUUCUAAAGGAGUGCCUCUCGCAAAGAGAAGCAAGUGGUUUGACAGUUGAUGCCAGCGGCUGGAUAAGAGCUGGAUUGUGCGUUUCUUGGUAAAGCUCCUGCGCUCCUUCCCACCCCGGUGCCAUUUGCUGAGGGGAGGAACCCCCCGACGCACUGCCACUUUGUUGCGGGGGCUUCCUGGGCUGUGCUCAUCUGGACUUUGUGUGGUUAGUUAACCAUAAAGAGAAAUAUCAGAAAAACAUUGUGAUGCUUCUUGCUCAUUAUCCAGAUUAUCAUGUGAAAUUGUGUUUAUAAUUAUUAUCCAUUUUAACUCUGUUUCUAAAAUGGAAACAAUUGUAAAAUGCAUUCUUGAGUGCUGAAUUUUUAAGAUGUAUAUUUUAAGUGUAUUCUGUAGAUAAGAUAUUUUGUGACUAUUUGAAUAACAGACUCUUAUUUCUGAUAUAUAUGAAUCCUUUAUUAUUUAUGAACAUUUUUUAUAUCCCUAACUCUAAUUCACUUACAGUCCUAUAUACUGCAGGAAUUGAUUAAGAAAGAGCAGAGAAAAAUGAUUUCCAACCUAAUCUCUGAGGAUGGGAGAAACUUGGAAAGUAAUUGAGGGCAAUGGGUCUGGCAGAGAGCAACAUGUGAUAAUUAUUUGCCAGAUGAGUGGGUUAUUGCUGGUAGUCGACAAAAAAUCAGUUUGCAGUUGUCCACAGACACUAGCCUGGCUGGUGAUAACCUGCAUUUUCUAUCAUCAAACGCCUCUGCCUGAGGACUUAGAGAGGUAAGUGGUGGCAGACAGAGCAGUGAGCUCGAGGCCUAGCCUCUAGCCUGACCGGCCUUUACCUAAUGGAGGGCCUUGAACCAGACAGACUCAGUGAGUCUUAGUUUCUUCAUCUAUGGGAUGAGGAGUUCAACUAAAGGUUUUGCGUGAUCCUUCCCAGCUCUAAACUCUUUUUCUAAUUCAUUCUUAUGCGUGUUCAUAUUCUUUCUCAAUUUAACCUCAGUGAAGAUAGAGAUUACUUCCAUUACUUUUCAGAAUUUAUGGUGUCACAAAAGCUGAGAGGGAUAGUGAAUAUAAGAGGGUUGAGGUCCAAAAGGAUCAUAAUAACCUGAAGGGAUGAACUGAAUCUGAUAGGAUGAAAAUCACAGGGAGCAUCAUAAAUUCCCUUCUUGGGUCCAAAAACUGCACAAGUUCUGGUGGGAGAGUUUGAGGCAGGUGAUUUUGCACUGGAGAAACAACGUGGCUGCCACAAUGUAAUAGGACUGUUGGGCUGUGUCAGUGGAAAUGGGAUGUCUCCGGUGAGUUGCUAGUUUUCUGAGCGACCAGACCACACCUGUAAGACAUGUAAUGAUGAAGUUAGCCAAGGAAAUAAAAAUGUGAGAUGGAAACUAAAUUGAUCAUGAGUUGGUUGGUGUUGAAGUUGGUCAUGGGUAAAUAAAAGAUUUGUUGUACUGUUA